AUGUUUAACCUGGACGGCGUCAUCCUCACCCUGUUUGGGUACUUUAUGCUUACUUCCCUCGCCACCUUAUCCCUCGCCCUCGUCUACAGCUGGUGGCACGUGCGGGAGGAGACCGAGGCGCAUGUGCGGGAGUUUCAGGUUUUGCCGGAGUUUUGGACGCCCCGAAACACGGCGAAGGUUGUGGCGGUGUGCGUGAUCGGCGUUGGGCAGGCCCCUUUGCCUUGGGUACCUGCGGAAGCCUUUCAUCUACCGCACCAGCAGUGUGGCGUGGAACUGGGAGGCCUCCCCCUCCAUUGGCGCGGUGCUUUACAUGAAGCUCCUCAGCUUUGGUGUUGGCGUCGUUCGCGGGGGGCGGAAGUUCAUCCGGACCCAAACCAUGCACAAUGCGCAGCAUGUCGUGGUGGAGACUGCAGACGAAGCGCACCACCCGCCACCACAACAACAAGCGGGGGGCGGAGAGGUCGCAGGAGUGGCAGAGGGCAAUGCAGACUCGCAUGA